UGAGGUCACAAGGGGCAGGGAUGUCUCACUCACUACCUGAAUCCACAGGGAGGCCAUGCGAGGCCACAGUGUGAAGGCAAUGGUCUGCAAACCUGUAAGAGGGGCCUCCCCAGGAACUGGGUCAGCUGCCACCUGGAUCUUGGACUUCCAGCCUCCAGCACUGUGAGAAGAUAAAUUUCUGUUGUGGGAUCUUCCUGACCCCAGGGAUCGAACCAACGUCUCCUGCAUUUACAAGUGGAUUCUUAACUGCCAAGCCACCGGGAAACCCACGAGACCAGCUGGUUUGGAGUCCUUCCACUCUGCUGCCCUCCGCCUCACCAGUUCCACACUGACCUCCGCAUCCCAGAGGACUGGCUCGUGGAAUCAUCAGCUUCCGGUCCAGGAUGCCUCCUGGCUGUCUUGUCUGGACAGAGCUGGCUCCACCCAGUGCCCUAUUGUGACCUGGGCAGCAGGCUGGGCCGUAAGAGUGCAGGCACAGACAGCGAGGCCCUGAGGGGUCCCUCUGAACUGCACAUGAGCCGGCCUACCUGAAGCCUCUCCAUGGGCUUGAGUCAACAGCAGGCCAGUGACAGGAUGGGGGAUGGAAGAGUCGCAUUCCUGCUGCCGGUCGCUCUGCUGCUGCGCUGGCCACACAGCAGCCUGGGACUGAAAUGUGGCCAAAGAAUGAACAGUUCUGAGAAGUCUGAAGUUUUGGAAAUCAUAGGCGGGGAGCCUGCAAACAUCAGAGAUUUCCCCUGGCAGAUUCGUAUCCUUGAAAACGGGAGUCAUCUCUGUGGAGGAUCAAUCCUCAGUGAGUGGUGGAUUCUGACCGCAGCCCACUGCUUCAAAAGCAAAAAUGAAUCUGCCUUGGAGGUCACACAUGGUGAAGAAAAUCUUGACACCCAGAACUUGACGAAGAUAAAAGUGGACGAGCUAAUUAUUCACAAUAAUUUUGACAGUUGGUUCUACCUUAAUGACAUCGCUUUGCUGUUGCUGAAAUCGCCUCUGAGCUUGGGUGUCAGGAAGGUACCCAUCUGCCUUUCGGAGGUCGCUGACAUAGAGCAAUGGAGGAACUGCUGGGUGACCGGGUGGGGUACUACUGUCCCUAAGCGGAGUACAGAGACAGGGCUCCAGAAAGUCAAUGUCCAGCUGAUCAAGUGGGAAACCUGCUUUGAGCUGAUGCCUCUACUCACCAAGAGCAUGCUGUGUGCCGGGGACCUUGAAGGUGGGAAGGAUGCCUGCCAGGGUGACAGUGGGGGGCCUCUGGUUUGCCAGAAAAAAACCAGGAAAAGCAAAUGGUACCAACUGGGCAUUGUCAGCUGGGGAGUGGGCUGUGGCCAGAAGAAACAUCCUGGAGUGUACACACAGGUGUCUAGUUACCUGUCAUGGAUUGAGAUGAAGACCAAGCUGUCAAAAAGGCCCUACAGGCAUGAGCCAGACACUGGGUACAGUUUGCUUCUAUCACCCUGGGCCAUCUUGGUACUGUAUUUUCUGAUGUUUCUAUUAUCCCCAUGA